CGUGUGCUGGGUGCGGUGCAGUAGGCAUGCUCUACUUGGCGGGUAAAUAUGCCGGCGUCGGGUAACUUGCUGAUGAAUAAUGGCGGGCGUUUGUGGAGUUCAUUGCAUUUUCUUGGGAGGCAAUUUCCCACCAGGGCGCAGCAGCAAAUUCUUUGCGUUUCUUGGCAUCUCAGCCCAACCCAAUCCCUUGCAGAAUGGGAUGGAUGGCUUGUGCUCCGCUCUUGGUUCACUACAUCCCUUCCUCUGCCAAUUCUUGGGGAAUUGCCACCCGUGCUGUAGCUUUUGCAGAGCUUGUUUGUGGGAGCUGGCACUGGGUUCCGCUGAAUCGAGCCAAGAAAAAGCAGCCUGUGUAGGCGUACAACUCUGGCUGGUAUCCACGU